AUGCGCGUGGCUGCAUUACCUGAGCGCGAGGAGAAUCAGCUUCAUUUCUACUUACUGUGGAGUAACGAGAAGCAGAGAGAUAUGCGUCGAGUGAACAAAGUGGACGUCGUCCACCCAAAGGUUCCUGUUCCCCAGGAGCGUCUGUUAGAGUAUUUCAGGGGCAAAUUAGGACGAAGCCUGUAUGUCGAACCGGUAGAAUUUGACACGUCGGACAAGGACGUCGAAGUGACGUGUGGAUCCUACAACAGCCUCCAUGAUCCACACUUGAAGAAAUUCUUCAAUAAGCCCAAAAGAAAGGAGCAUCUUUUUAAACAGGGCCUCAUCACCCAGGACGAUCAGGUCCUGUGCUCGCUGAAAGAGCUGAAUCGGUACGUGCGCUACAUCCAAAGAGUUCAGCACAGCUGGGACAAACUUUUCCAGCAAGAACAGAAGAAGCUCCUGAAGAAGUUCAUGGUGCUAAAACUUGAUGGUGAGGUUCCUGAGAACAUCAGCACAGCUCAUCUGAAGGACUUGCUCAUCCAUAGAGGCAGAACCACCUUCAGGAAAAUCUACAAGAAAAUCAUAACACAAGGCAGCAAUCUGAACAAUGCUGAAAUGGCCUGGGAGGCGACUCAAAGAAUCCAGUUGGACGAACUAGAGAAGGAAGUUCUCAGAGAGCUCCGGAUUGAACGUCGUAUCCCGCCAAUGGACCUUCCAUCUGGAGUGAAAAACCUAGAAGAAGGAAUAUUUGAACCAUCCUGCUCGCCUGAAUCGACCUUAAUGACCGCUCACCAGGCCAAGGGCAGCACGUUGGCUCAGGAUUUCGGCCGUGGCUCCUCACUUGUGUCUCCACGCACUGGGAACUCAAUCCAGAAGACCAGUCAGUUGACUGAUGGAGGUGCUGCAAUACUGGAGGAUCUUCUAGACCUGGGCUCAAAAUCAGCGAGUUCCUCUGUAAUGACCUCCUCCAACGAUGCUGUGAAUUCACCCCCCUUGCUAACGACGGCUGAGAAGUUGGUGCUGGACGUCCUGAACGGUUCUGUGUCCUUGAUAACAUGUUGUAACAAGGCUGACGAUUUUGAGAACUCUGACUUGGAUCUCGAACCUCCGAGUCCGUCAGUGUCUCCCGUUUCCUCUCCUGAACGUAUCACAGAGAGGAAUGUCACUACAACUCAUGAAGAAACGAGACCUACCCUUCAGCUCUCUAAUCCCGAGGACUCUGAGAUCACCUCACUAGAAUUCAGACCUGGUAGAAUGUGCCAGUCCGCUACCAGCCCAACUACAUGUACAAAACAUGUACGAUUAGAUAAACUCAGUGAGCAUGUUGUCGGACACGCCCUGAACACGGUGAUAUCAGUGCUUGAAGGUGAAGGACUUCUACCACUGCAGAAACCAUCAAACGAAUCUGUUGAAUCAGACCUGUUGGCAUGUUAUGGCACCAUGAGCAAAAGCCAGAGUCCGACCCAGAGUUCAUGCUCAGGUUCCGAUUCCCAGCUGAGCUUAGAAGCAAUGAAGGUCGUAAGUCAGACUCUGGUGGAACUCCAAAAGAAGUUAUCGGAUGAGUCUUUGAUUCUAACCUACUCACCAGAGAACACGGAUGCCAUCAAUGAGGUUAUCAGUGGCAUCCUGAAGCAGAUUCAGGAAUCACCCAGCUUGGAGGGCAAUCAGCUCAACUCAUCCAGGUCUUCAUGUUCAGAUGAUUAUGCUCAGUCUGGUUCGGACAGUGAACUUACAGAUGAAGCUGGAGAUACUAUCAGUUCUUGGUUCCUAGAUAAGUUCAACAUAUUUAAGUCAUGCUCUGAUGACCAGAACUGGCUGGAACUGCUGACUGAAACCCAUCUAGAUUUGUGGCUACGUGCUUUAAUCGCAGAGGAGGUCAUGAAGAUUCGCUCUCUUCUACAAACUGAGGCAGAAAACGAGAGCGCAGAGGACACGCCCUUAAAAAACACCAGCACUACAGACGUCCCUAAGACUGGUGGAAGUGAUUCUGAUGCUCUGGGUGCUGCAGAUGCUUCAACCAGCGACACUCCUGAUGUGAACCCAACUGGCACCAAACAGAAGAAGACGCCCAAAGAUCGCAAUUUCUUCAGAAGGGCCUGGAAAGCUUUGAAUCGGACGUUCACCAGGCGCUCCAACAAGAUUCACCCGAUCUGAUUUUACCAUCACGCACGACUGAGCACGAUCAGACACUCCUUAGCUAGAUCAUUAUCAGGGACACGUCUUGCUUGGGCUCUCAGAGAAACCUGAGGAACCACGUUUCACCAUCAAGUCUUCAAUGUUCUUAGACUUCUCUCAGUAGGAAGCUGCCUUCCUUUGAUUCCAACCAGCGUUCACCUGGGACUACUGUGAUCUCCCUUAUAUGGGGUCAAUGUUGUUCCUUACUCUACUUUGGUUCUGAGUCAUGAGCUCCGUUAUUGAGAGCUCUGCUGUACCAGAGUUUUGUUUGGUACCACAGUCUUACUUUGUCCCAUCUUGGCUUGGUGCUACUCAUCGCACCAGCAUCUGUGCUGAGUCUUUCUGAGUACCUUUGGUCGCAGGAUUCCAUGGUGACUGUGGUACGAAGACAUCAAGAAGACAUUGUUUCUGCUUCUCUGUAAAAAAACCUCACCAAGUUACAGUAUGUCCAUGGUGAUGAUCUAGCUAGGUGUGUUAAAUCAUGAAGUCACAUGACCAAGUGCUAAGUUGUACCAGCUGCGUUUCUUCUCCAAUACCGUCAGCCAGAGGAGGAUGAGAACUGUAGACGUCGUCUUCUCACCGGGGUUUUCAGCCAGUAUCAAAUAAAGCAUAUUAAAUAAAGUUCUAAA